CACUGGUUUUAGGUGCGUUCCUCAACUUCAGGAAAUCCUCCCUCGUUUUCUCAUCUACAAGCCAGUCGACAUCAACAUCGAGCCAAAAUGGGUAAAGGACUGAAGAAACACCAAAAGCGCCUCAGCGCCCCGUCGCACUGGCUGCUCGACAAGCUCUCGGGCGUGUAUGCGCCUAAGGCGUCUGCUGGUCCCCACAAGACUCGCGACUGCAUGCCCUUGAUCGUGUUCAUCCGCAACCGCCUCAAGUAUGCGCUCAACUACCGCGAGACCCGGGCCAUCCUGAUGCAGCGCCUGGUCAAGGUCGACGGCAAAGUCCGCACCGACCUAACCUACCCCGCCGGCUUCAUGGAUGUCAUCACAAUCGAGAAGACGGGCGAGCACUUCCGCCUGGUCUACGACACCAAGGGCCGCUUCACGGUCCACCGCAUCCAGGACGAGGAGGCCAAGUACAAGCUCGGCAAGGUCAAGCGCGUGCAGCUCGGCCGUGGUGGAAUCCCAUUCUUGGUUACGCAUGAUGCAAGGACGUAAGUUCUGUCGACAUCUGUCAGCCGUUGGACCAAGCUUUGGAGGAUCGUGUGUUUCCUUGCGAGAGGGCCGCGAUCAACAGAAGAGCGAGAUCUCGACGGCUGGUACGUCUUUAUUUUCCCCCUCAAUUUUGCUGACAGGCCCGCUCCGUUUAGCAUCCGCUACCCCGACCCGUCGAUCAAGGUCAACGACACCGUCAAGAUCGAUCUCGAGACUGGCAAGGUUACCGACUUCAUUAAGUUCGACACUGGCGCUAUUGCCAUGGUCACCGGUGGUC